AAAAGGGUACAAUGUUUCCUUUUUAAGUUUUUUAGGGCGUGUCAUCAUUACCGUACUUGAAAGCGAAGGCAAACGAAGACACCUCGCACGGAAAGUUUCUUGUCUUUUUCUUUGAAUGCAAAAUGUUUUUUCGUUGAAACCAAACACGAGGCCUUAGAUAAGUUUCUAAAGUGGGUGCCUUUUAUAAAGAACCACAUGAGGCCUCUUCAUAGAUUUGCCUCUCUCUCUCUCUCUCUCUCUCUCUCAGAUCUGAGAAUCCUUCAAGGAAAAAAAAUUAUGGGAAAAAGAAAGUUUAGUGAACGUGUUAAUGACAAAGAUAUUAACCUUGAAGAAUUUAGUGAGGAGUUCAAAGCUGCUAUGAUUCUUCUAAAGAUGAAGCAUGCAAAAACUGAGCCAAAAUCCAUUCAAAAUUCACAGUCGCAGACAUACAAAAAUUUCGGUUCCUACAGUCUCCCAGACUGUCCUCCGGUGCCGAGCCUCACAGGCCUCAUAGGAGCGUGCUCUAAGCCUUUUGAGAAGCAGUUGACACCCACCGACGUGAGUACUAACCAAUGCAGACUGUCUUUCAACAAAGCAGACGUCGAGAACUUCCUCUUGCCACUGCUGAACGAGAGCGACGAUCUUGUUCGGGGAAUUCCAGUCACUGUGCAUGAUACGGAUGGUAAUGAGUGUGCGAUGACGUUCAGGCGCUGGGCUUCCAAGUUUCAUGUUCUUACGGAAGGGUGGAAUAAGUUUUGCAAAGAACAUGAGCUGCGUAAGUAUGAAGAUUUCGUUACGGUGUGGAUGUUCCGCCAUGUUCGGACGGGAGAACUUUGCUUUGUCUUCUCCUUGAGAAGAAUGCCUGUGUUCAAGCUCUUAAAGAGAGGACCACGUACAAAUGAUAAUUAACUGAGCAAUGGAUUGGGAUGGAAGUUAUGGGAUCGCGAGCUUCAUGAUUCUGAGUCACUAACAAACAAUAUAUCUCUCGGUUUUGGUUAAUAGUACAGAGAGAUCAGAGAGGUUGCCUGGCUUAUUAAUUAGCAGCUGCUGCCUGCUAGUUAACUGGCUAGAAGUUUUACGUGUUAGUACGUACGUUUGAAGGCUGUCACUUGUCAUUACGUUGAUUGCCUUAAUUAGGUUGUUGGUAUUAUGGUAUAUACGUAGUAAAGUCUU